GUUCAAAGAUCUCGAGAUCUCAAGGAAGAAGCAGAAAGAAAUGGAUUCGGCAGAGGAGGGCUUGCUCGUGGUGAGUCGUGGAGAAGAAGUAAACAAGAAAGAUGUGUUUUUUAUGGAGAUGAAGAAGCUUGGUUACAUAGCAGGUCCCAUGAUUGCGAUAAACUCGUCUAUGUACGUUCUUCUUGUCAUAUCCAUUAUGAUGGUUGGUCAUCUUGGUGAGCUUUUCCUCUCUAGCACCGCCAUUGCCAUUUCUUUCUGUAACGUCACAGGUUUCAGCAUCAUCUUUGGACUAGCUAGUGCCUUGGAGACUUUAUGUGGUCAAGCUAAUGGAGCUAAACAAUUCGAAAAGCUUGGGGUCCAUACCUACACAGGGAUCUUCUCUUUGUUUCUUGUGUGUAUUCCUUUAUCUGUGCUAUGGAGUUACAUGGGUGAUGUACUCACUCUUACUGGACAAGAUCCUCUGGUUUCUCAAGAAGCUGGAAAGUUUGCAACUUGGCUCAUACCCGCGCUCUUUGCUUACGCUACUUUGCAGCCGCUUAUUCGGUUUUUCCAAGCGCAGAGUCUGAUUUUGCCUAUGAUUAUGAGCUCAAUGUCUGCUGUAUGUGUCCAUGUUGUCCUCUGCUGGAGCUUAGUCUUUAAGUUUGGGCUUGGAAACCUUGGUGCAGCUAUCUCGAUCAGUGUUUCUUACUGGUUAAACGUGACUGUGCUUGGGUUAUACAUGACGUUUUCUUCCAGCUGUAGCAAGAGCCGUGCAACUAUCUCCAUGAGUGUUUUUAAAGGAAUGAAAGAGUUUUUCCUGUUUGGAAUCCCAUCUGCCUCUAUGAUUUGCCUUGAGUGGUGGUCAUUCGAAUUUCUAAUUCUGCUUUCUGGGAUUUUACCAAAUCCGAAGCUAGAAGCCUCUAUUCUCUCAGUCUGUAUGUCAACCACCGCCAUUGUGUACCAAAUAGCAGAGAGUCUCGGCGCAGCAGCAAGUACAAGAGUUGCAAACGAAUUAGGAGCUGGCAAUCCGAAACAAGCACGAGUAGCUGUGUACACAGUAAUGGUCAUUACAUGUGUAGAAUCAAUAAUGGUGAGUGCAACAGUUUUUGGUACAAGAGACGUAUUCGGUUACCUAUUCAGCUCUGAAACAGAGGUUGUGGCUUAUGUAAGAUCAAUGGCUCCAUUGGUUGCUUUAUCAGUCAUAUUUGAUGCCCUUCACGCGGUUCUUGCGGGUGUGGCUAGAGGAUCAGGGAGGCAAGAUAUUGGGGCUUAUGUAAACCUAGCUGCUUACUAUCUCUUUGGUAUACCAACUGCCAUGAUAUUAGCUUUUAGGUUUAAAAUGGAAGGAAGAGGACUUUGGAUUGGGAUCACAGUUGGAUCCUUUGUACAAGCUUUUUUGCUUGGUCUUGUCGUCAUCCUCACCAACUGGGAACAACAGAUGAGAAAGGCCAGAGAGAGACUGAUGGGUAAGUGGUUUAAAGAUGAAGACAGUGAAGAACAUGAAGAGAUAUUCAGCUAAACCAAGAGACGUCAAUCGUGUAGCCAUUAAAUGUUGUCUUGUUAUUAAUUCCAUAUUUCUAGUGAAUUGCUGUUGUCAGUGAUAGUCAUGUGAACGAACAUGCAUGUACAUAAUAAGGUCUUCUCCCUUAUGAAAAGAAAGAUAAAAACAUUAAUCA